CACUCCACUCCAACGCUCUUCUAGUGGGCGCCGCGAGCGAGAACGAACGACGAACAGACGCUACCCACGCCAGCGUCGAGUCGAGUCGUGCACCUCGUCUCGUGCUGCUCCAUGGCGUCCUCGCCUUUCGCCGCCGCCGUCCAGGGCGGCCUCGCGCUCCGGCCCGUCGCGCCGCGGCGGUUGUCGUCGACGUCGAGCGACGUGGCGCGGAGCGGCGGCGUGGCGGCGUGGCGUGCUCCGCGGCGGCGGAGGGUGGCGGCGGUGGGUGACCUGCGCCCGGCCAUCGACGAGUACCCGGAGGGGAUCCUCUCCGGCGAGUGGCCGGAGAACUUCUCCCUCCUCAGCUACGCCGACCUCCGCGCCUACCUCGAGUCGCAGAUCGUCACCACCGACCAGAUGAGCCCGACGGCGAAGCUCGGGGAGGUCAUGUCGCGGCUCGUGCAGGUGGCCAUGGCGGACCAGAGGCUGGCGGACAUCGACGCCUUCUUCGCCGCGCAGUCCGGCCUGCCGGUGCUCGACGAGGAGGGGAGGUGCAUCGGCGUCAUCUCCAAGAAGGACAAGGCCAAGGCAUCCAAUGGGUUGGACUCAACUGUUGGAGAAGUCAUGUCAUCUCCUGCUAUAACUCUGACACCCGAGAAGACUGUAUUGGAAGCUGCUGCUCUUAUGCUCAAGGAGAAGGUUCACAGGAUACCAGUCGUGAAUGAACAACAGCAAGUGAUCGGGAUCGUCACUCGCACGGACGUAUUCAAGGCUUUGGAGGCCAGCAAGGUGUAGUAAGAUCCCAGUUAAUAAUAAUCAGUAAAUAAACAUGCUCCUUGUGUAGAUAUCGAUGCCUUCGUAGGCUGUCGGGGCGUUGCUCUUGUACAUUAAUUCUAGCUGUAAAAUCUGGAAGUGCUCAAGCCUUUCUAUGUACUACUCAUGUGUCAUGUUUCUGAACAAGUACCUUAGGGUGCUGGGGUUUGUGAUCUUCGUUAGUUGGUUGCUGAACGCUCAAUUUGUCACUCUUUUGUCUGCACUUCUGUUCUGGGCCUUCGGGAGUAGAGGAUAUCUUCAGAGUUCUGAAGUCUGAACAGAUCCGUCAGGCUUUAGCCGAAGGCACAGUAGUGCAAAAGUUCAGGGAACAAGUUCACAAUAGGGUCCCUCAAUUUGUUGUCGAUUUUCUUCCUUUCAGAUACAACCGUCCCUUAAGUUAUAAAAUCAGUGCAAACGAGGUCGCUCAGUA